AUGAGCUGUGAGCCACCAUGCGUGGCCUCUGAUACCUUCGGAGCGGUGGUGCCGAGGAUUGUAGACCUGGAUACUGAGUUGAAUAAUCCGCUUCGCGAUCGUCCGGUAUCCAUUCUCGACGACGACGAAUUGAAGGCGAUAGUGGUUGCGGAUCCAACGACCACUUCCGGUUUGGACUGCUACAAUUUUAUUCUAUUAGGCUUGAGCUGGCGGGCUCAAUUUUACGGUGGCCGUCUCGACUGUGUUAGCGCUGGCGGCUGGAAAGAGGCCGUGGACUGCGCCUUGGUUGGGAGAGGUGGAAAUGCCUCUGACGUAAACUCGGGAGAGCUCUCCGUUACUGGGGGUUGA